AUGUCUGAGGUCAGGGUGAACCUGGGUGAAUCGUGUCCUGCCCCUGUGAGACCCCUGAGUAAUGAGGCUCCCUGGCCAGACCUCCAGAGUCCUCAGCCGGCCGAUCAGCCAUCCUCAGCAGAUGCCAGCCCCUCACCCUGCGCUGAGACAAAUGGCUUGUUGUCUUUACCCUGGGAGAUAAUCACCCACAUCGCCUCGUACCUUCCUGCGCAGUGUGUCACCACUGUGCUGCCAAAGGUCUGCCAGAAAUUGGGUUAUUUGUUAAAGGACACCAGCUCUUGGCAUCUCCGAGCACGUAGAUUAAUAGGAUCCCAAGCUGGCUUUCCAGUGGGGCCAAGGGAGGACUUUGACUGGCCUACUGCUUGUCUGGAGAUGGAGCAGCUGAUAAUCUACUGGAAAGACAGAGCGCAGCCUUUGCCCGGACAGGCCCAACAAGAGGAAGAGGAAAGUCAUCAAGUGAGGCAGCAGCAACAGGCGGGGCAGGACAGGGAACCAGGCGAAGAGGGACAGGAUGGUGGCAGGGAGGCUGAGGCAGAAGGGGCAGGGGUGGCUCUGCAGGAGGCUGCAUAUGGUGCUGGGGAAGAAAUGGAGGUGGUAAUAGAAGAUUGUGAUGGUGAAAUGCAGCGCAUUGAAGGUGAGGACCAACUAGCAAGAUUAAGAGAAGAUAUGAAUGAGAGGGUGGAGAAUAUAGAAGCCCUGAUCGAAGAAGAAAGGGACCACAGGAUGAGGUUCGAUGCUAAUGUGGAAGAUGGUGCUCUUAAUCACCAAGAGAACUUGGCUGACCCUAGGAAUCUGGGAAAUGGAAGACAGGGAGAGAUGGAACAAAGUCAAACCUGCAGAUGUCCCAGCCCACCCUCAGCACUGGAACGCAUCACCAUCCCUACAAACCACAAUGACUCAGUCAACUCUGUUCUCCUUGUCGGGGGAGAGGGGAAGGUUUGUGCCACAGCUUCCAGAGACCGGAAUGUUAAACUGUGGGAUCUACAAGAAGGCUCUACUGGGACGCUGCUGCACACAUUGGGAGGACAGUACGCGUCACACACCCAUCGGGGCUGGGUCUGGUGCCUGGCAUCUCGAGGGUCUCUGCUGGUUUCAGGGGGCUUCGACAGCUCGGUGAGGCUGUGGGACAUGCAGGCAGGUGGAGCAGUGGGGGGCCUAAUCAGAACUGAUUCUGCUGUCCUCUGCCUGUCCUGUCAGACAGAUGUGUUGCUGGCUGGUACAAUGAACAAGAGAAUCACCAUGUGGGACACCAGAGCUGCCAGCCCCGUGGUGAAAAGCCUCUGGCUCCAUGGUGAUGCUGUGAUGUGCCUGGCUGCAGAUGACAACUACAUCAUCUCUGGAAGUACAGACGGGACUGUAGCUGUCUAUGAUCGCAGGGCAGGCAAAGUCUUGAAGAAACUUCAGCUGACUUCUCAUCUGCGGUCCAUGAGCUACAGUGGCAGUGAGGUUUGGGCAGGAGACUGCAGCGGCAUGCUCCGCUCCUUUUCCAUGCAAGCAGGGACCUUAAAAGACAAGUGGUCUAAGUUUGAUGUGGGACACACUGCUAUGGUCACUGGUGUCCACAGAUCUCAUGGGAGCCUCUACACCUGUUCAUCUGAUCGUACUGUCAAGGUACACAUCCCUUGUGCACCUCCGAGGACAUUAUGCACACUGCAUCAUCAAGAUGAAGUGAAUGGGCUGAGUGUGGACGCUGGAGUCUUCGCUGUAGCCACAGGAGAUGUGUGUGUAGAUGUCUGGAGGCCCAGAACAUGA